AUGACUGAACAUGAGCUUGCACCUACUCUUACUGAAAUACCUCCUGUAGCUCCCGUUAUCAGUGGGAGUCCCAUGCACCAGAUGGAGAGUUAUCCUCUGGAUACCACUGUCGCAACACAGUAUACUACUAAUUAUUCACAAAUGAUGACUCAUCCCAAGAGAUAUACCAGAUGGCCUUCUUGUCCUCAGUACUGGAUACAACAAGUAAUAUUGGUGCAAGUUAACCCUGGAGCGACCCUCACUAUCAAGUCUGAUGAUGGGAACAUUCAGAACAUUCAAGGACCUGCUGAUGUACCUCUGAUGUCACCAAGUGGUACUUUGCCACCAAUAUAUCUUCCUCCUGGCUACAUGUCUCAAGUAGUAGAAGAAAAUGGGAUUCGCAAAAUUGUUAUUUUGCCUCAGACAAUUGACUAUAACGGGUCCAUGCCUGCUUCUAUACAACAAAUAUCACACUUCGUAACACCGUCCUCUCCUAUGUAUCCACAAGCCCCUCAGUUGAUGUAUCCCCCGACUCAAGGGGAAUUUCCACCACCUUACACCCAAGAGUCUGUGCCACAGCAGCUGCCACCACCACCACCACCACCAGCAGCAACAUUUGUAUAUCAAGAGCAUCAUGAAAAAUAUUCACAUGGAAGAGCAAAUUACAACCAACUCGAUGAAAGACCUGCUAAAAUGGGAGAACAUAUGAAGAAAAGAACGAGAGAACGCCAAGUUGGUGGACACAAGAAGAGCUAUACGGUUAACAACACCUCUUUGCCUGUGAACAAAACUAAUGAUCGUUCCAGUAUUUCUGGUUCUCCAAACACUCACACCGUGAACUCUGCUCCAACCACCUACACUGACAAUACUUCACACAAUUACACUGUGGACAAUGCUCCAAGCACCUACACUGUUGACAAUACUUUGAGUACCUGUACUGUGGACAAUACCUCGAGUACUAACACUGUCGACAAUACUUCAAGUACCUGCACUGUGAACAAUGUAAACACUUACACUGACAAUACUCCCAGUACUGAUACCAUUGACAAACCUGCAAGCACUAACAUCACUGACGAAACUCCCAGAAAUUCUUCCACUGACCAUGCCCCUAGCACUUCCAUCUCAGACUCUACUCUGUGCCCUGCCACCACUGAUAGCAUGCCAGGCCCUUCCGACACUAAUUCUGCUCCCCAAACUGCCAUCUCUGAUGGAACUCCCAUGCAAUCAACUACUGACAGUACACCCCUGCAAUCAACUACUGACAGUACACCCCUUACACCCAGGCAAUCAACAAUUGACAGUACACCCAGGCAAUCAACAAUUGACAGUACACCCAGGCAAUCAACAAUUGACAGUACACCCAGGGAAUCAACAAUUGACAGUACUCCAAGCUGUUCUAUUUCUGACAGCACUCCUAAUAUUUCCAUCUCUGAAAAUGCUCCCAGCACUUCUGCUAGUGAUAAUGCUCUCAGUACUUCCAAUGAUGCCAGCAUUUCCAACACUGCCAGUGCUCAGGUUGAGACUAGUCGUGGAAAGAAACAGAGAGCUACAAGAGGCGAGAACAUCAAGCAGAAACCAGGUGGAAAACGAAAUAAGAGCCCAUCACCAAAUAUGGCAAAAAAAGAAUGCAAAACGGAACAUGGAAAGUCUUGCUGUUUCAACACUGAGAAACCUGUAGUUUCUGAUAUUCAAACAAGAUCUGCUGUUAUUUCAUGGAAUCUGCAUGGUUCUGAGGAAUGUGAUCAUACUAAAUCUCCUGUAACAUUUGAAUUGGCCGUAUCUAACAGGGGUAAAAAUGGAAAAUAUAAAAACGUGUAUAUUGGUGAUGGAGUUACAUUUACCCUACUUGAUCUACAGCCAUCCGUGGCCUAUUUUUUAAGAGUCACAACUAUAAGAGGCUCAGAACACAGAACUGUGUCUGAAGUGGCUAGCUUCACAACCCCAGGUUGCGAACCGGACCCUCCGCUUGCACCCAAACUGAUUAACCGAUCGAAGAGCAGCCUGAAUUUACAGUGGAAAGGUUCCAAUGAUAACGGUUCCAAAAUAAGCAGCUUCCUUUUGGAAUGGGAUGAGGGCAAAGGUGAAGAUUUCAAAAGUUGCUAUACGGGAACCAUGAAACAGCACAAGAUCCUUAAACUGAAUGCUUCUACAAAAUACUCAUUCAGAUUAGCUGCCAAAAAUAGCUUUGGCUUGAGUGGUUUCAGCGAAAUAGCAGUCUUCCAUACAUCAGGAACCAUGCCUCCAACGCCUUCGCCUCCUAAGCUAAAAGAAGCAGGAAUCUGUAAUUUGUCACUAGAAUGGUGUGCCCCAGCUAACACAAACACAAAUCCUCUUACUUAUGUACUAGAAAUGGAGGAAGCAGGAUCUGGGUUAGGUUUUAAACCUAAAUACAAUGGAGAAGAUCUCUUAUGCACUGUAAGAAAUCUUCAGAGAAGUACUACAUACAAGUUUAGGAUCUUUGCCUACAAUAUGGAAGGAAGAAGCAACCCCAGUGGAGAAGUAAAAUAUACUACCUGUCCAGAUAAACCUGGAUCCCCUAGAAAACCAUAUAUAAAGGGAAAGAUUGAUGCACACAGAGUAAAAAUUGGAUGGGAACCACCCAAAGAUAAUGGUGGAACAUACAUUUCAAGUUACAGUUUAGAAGUUAGUGAAAAUUCAGAUGUGAAUCUCUGGAACAUAAUCUACAGUGGUGACACAAGGGAAUUUCUAUAUGAUCACCUGCAACCUGGUACUACAUAUAAACUGAGAGUCUUUUGCACUUCACCGAUAGGCCAAAGCGAGCCUUCAGAUGUAUUGACUAUACAAACACCUACUAUUUCUCCUGAAUCUUGCCAUCCUCCACUCUUGAAAGGUAAAACAAAGUCCACAGAAACAAACCUUCAAUGCGACAACUCUCUUGCUAACGGAAACUCUGAAGCAACUGUGUGUGUCGAAAAUGCAAAAGGUAACGAAGAUGACACACAAAGGCACCUGGGCUCUGAAGUGAAAUGCACAUUGGGAUCUCAUUCAACGGAGUGUGAAACUGCACCGGUCCGAAGCCCUCCUUCUCAAUGUGGUACACCUGUGCUAACCUGCAAGGGCCCAACCUGUGUUGUUGUUAGUUGGGAAAUUCCUGAAUGCAAUGGUGCUGAAAUUACUGAUUAUAGACUAGAAUGGGGACAAAUCGAAGAAUCAAUGCACUUGAUUUACACUGGCCCUUGCCUGAGCUAUGAAGUGAAAGGUCUCCUUCCUGCAACUAUGUACUUUUGCAGAGUCCAGGCUGUAAAUAUAGCUGGGGUUGGAAUGUUUGGAGGAACUGGUGUAGUAACCACACCAGCAACCAUACCAGCAGUAGUACCAAUGUUACAUGAAGUCGAAAACAAAGUGCCUGCCAAAUUGGCAUCAUCUUGCAUUGCUAUUCAAUGGGAAGAACCAGACUGCCAUGGCUCUCCAAUCACUGGAUAUAACAUUGAAUAUGGAGACAGAAAAAUUGUGACUGUUAAUAGAGUAACAGAGUGGCUUCUGAAAAAUCUACAGCCUGACACCACAUACAAAAUCAGAAUUCAAGCUAUCAAUCAUUAUGGACUAAGCCCUUUUAGCCAAUCAAUAAGAGCGAAAACCAAGCCACUGCCACCUGAGCCUCCACAACUUCAUUGUGUGGUCUAUGGAUACCAGAGCCUCAAACUGAAAUGGGGUAACUCUUCAAGCAAAGGGUUGCCUUCCGACGUUAUAAGCUAUAAGUUGUUAAUGGGAGAUCGAUCUGGCAGAUUUUCUGUCAUUUACCGUGGACCUUGUCAUACUCACAAAGUGCAAAGAUUGGGUGAAUAUACUCAAUACAAAUUUAAAAUCCAGGCAUGUAAUGAAGCUGGUGAAGGACCACUGUCCGGCAUCUAUACUUUCACUACAACCAAAACACCACCAGCCACACUUAAAGCACCUAAAUUACAUUGGCUGAAUAACAAUAUUUGUGAGAUCAAAUGGGAGGCUUUGGGGCCAAUAAAAGGAGAUCCCAUUGUUUACAAUCUUCAACUCACCAGUGAAAAAGGAACUGACCUGAUUUACAAAGGACCAAACAAUUCAUUCUCCUUUUCCAACUUUCUCACAAAUUCACGUUAUCACUUCAGGGUCUGCGCUGGACGUCAAUAUCAAAAUUCUGCUGGAAUACAAGAGCUGUGGGGAUCAUAUAGCCCCAGUGCUCUUUUCUCAACUCAUAAGCAUCACCCAGGGCCUGGCAAAGGCGGUGGAGGAAAGGGAAGAAGCAACCCUAAAGAGAAAGAUGAAAAGCCCAAGAUAGAGAUGAGUGAUGAUACAUUUGUUCUAACCCUUCUGAUAGGAUUUGCAGUUGUUGCCAUUCUGGGUGCUGUUACAAUUCAACAUUUCCUAAUCAACUAG